UUACUAUUCACGAAAAACAAUUAAAUCCUAUGGUAUAAAUAGUGUAUAGGAUAGUGGGGUAUUUGCAAAUUGUACAGCUCAACGAAAUGGCUAAGCACACUGUUCAACUUUGUUCGGUGGUCAUCGUUAUUUUUGCAGUGGCAAUACCUACACUUGCUGGGGAAAUUUCAAAGCCACCGAUUCUAGAAGGGUUGAUUGGUAAAACCACUACCGAACGAGCUUUGAAAGAAUAUGUGGAUGAUAAAUCUUUGGAAGGAGAAAUAAUUUGGGCUCUACUGGAACUCAUGUCUUGGAUUCAAGAAAUAGUCGCAACAAUGAGUGAAGAUAAGAAUAAUGAGAGUCCUGAUUUACCAGAACCUUUGGGUGGAAGAGUAGCAUACAGAUGUUUAACUAGAAUACUCGGAUUAUUGAAAAUUUUAAUGGGUCUUUGAGAUCUAAUACUUUUGUGAUGAUUAUUUGAAUAUAAUUGAUGAUAACGUAUUCAUCGUUUCUGAAAUUAAUAAAGAAGUUUCCUAAUA